AUGUCAGCUUCCAGGGCCCUAGCAAGCUAUGUCAGCUGCAAGGACGAGGACAGCUGGACGCCGCUGCACCAUGCAGUGGAUGGAAACCACUUGGCCGCUGCCAGGGUGCUUGUCAGCCGCGGUGCAGCCGUCAACGCAGCCAACUGCACUGGAGACACACCGCUGCACCUGGCGCUGCGCUGGAAUUUCUCGGAGCCUGCCCUGUUCCUGCUUGACCAGCCCGGCAUCUCCAUAGAAGCGCAGAAUGAGGACGGAUGGACGGCCCUGCACGAGGCGUGCUGCAGCGGGGCAGCUGAGGCGGUAGCGCCGUUGCUGGCCAAAGGGGCGGAUGUGAAUGCGCGCUGCAAAGACGGCAGCACACCCCUCCACAAGGCUGCUCGCUGCGGCAGCAAGGCCAUCGUCAGCUCUCUGCUCAGGGCCGGGGCAGACCUGAAAGCCCGAGACAAGGCGAGCCCUGCGCAGCUUCAUGAUGGGAUGGAGCCGGAGGACGUGGCAGUGGAUGACGCCAUAGAGUGGUCGGUGAAUGGCGAGACGAGGCAGAUGUACGAGAGCCGGUGGCAGCACUUUGUGAGCAGGACAAAGGGGAAGAAGACCGUGGGCAAGCUGGGCUACAAAGAUGUGCCCUGGCCCGCUGAGGAGGGCUGCUCAGCUGAAGAUCUGCAGGCAAUUCUCUUGUCUGGAACAAAGGCACCAGAGGAGAAGAAAAAGCGGCUGAAGGCAGAGCUGCUGAGGUGGCACCCAGACAAAUUCACCGGCCACUUUGCGCACUACUUUGCUGAGUCGGACAGGCAGCGCAUCCUGGCCAGGACCUACGCGCAGUAUCCUCAGCUGGGGCUCUCGACGACUCCGUUUGUCAUCCCCUCAGUCAAGACCUAUGCAGCGCUGACUAAGCCUUAUGAGAUCCCAUCCAAGCAGUAUGACGCCGACUACAAUGAGAGCAAAGCCUACGGAAGCAAGAACAGCACUGCACGCUCCCAGUACCAGACCGACACAGGUUACCUUUGGCUGUCCAGUACAGGCACUUCCACCAUUGUGGGUUACUGGAACCUUGUGGCGCGUGAAGUGGUGCCUUCCGACCUCUCUCUGCUGCAAACCGCCAAGUUGCUGGCCCACCUCAACGUCGCUGCAUACGAUGCCCAGAUUGUGGCGUUCUACCAGAAGUACACUUACCAGGUCUGGAGGCCCAUCACAGGCAUCAGGCAGGGGAGUUUCAGCAACGAGGCAGACCCAACCUGGACCCCCCUAGUGGUCACACCCUUCCACCCGGACUACCCCUCCACCCACAGCGUGGCUAGCGGCGUCGCGCAGACAGUGCUGACCCGCUGGCUGGGCACAGACAACGCCACGUACACAAUCACCGCUGAGGACGGCAAGGCUCCCCCCCGGACCUUCACCAGCCUCAGCGAUGGCGCCCUCGACUCCGCCAAGAGCCGGAUCUAUGUUGGCGCUCACUGGCCUCUGGCCAUAUAUGACGGCCUCACCCUGGGCAACAAGGUGGCCGACUAUGUGUUCAGCAACCUGGACAGCACUGUGGGCUGGAGCUCUGUCACCAGCAACCAUGCAGGCCAUGGAAGCUCUGCCAGUGCGCCUGCGUCAGCCCCUCAAGGCAGCAACACCGCCGCUGCAAUCGCCUCUGCACCUGCGCCGGGAGCAGUCACAUCUGCAUCUGUGGGGCGCCGCUUGCUGGCCGCUGACCUCAGCUGA